AUGCAAUUUGUCAAGGAUUUAGAGGAUCGUUUAUUAUUUGCAGUACCCAAGAAGGGUCGUAUUUAUCAAACCUGUAUUGAAUUAUUAAAGGGUUGCGAUAUUCACUUCAACCGUAGUUCACGUCAAGAUAUUGCUCUCUGUACAAACUUACCUAUUGCUCUCGUCUUUUUACCCGCCGCCGAUAUUGCCAAAUACGUGGGUGAAGGUAACGUUGAUUUAGGUAUCACCGGUCAAGACAUUGUGGCAGAAAGUCAAGUCGAGGACAAGAUCCGUGAAUUACUCGAACUUGACUUUGGUCAAUGUCGUCUCUCUGUUGAAGUCCCCAUGAACGGCCCUUGCCAAACCCUCGAAUCCUUGGUCGGUAAACGUAUCGUCACCAGCUUUGUUCACACCACCACCAAAUUAUUCGCUCCCUUGGACGCUGCCGCAGGUAAGACCACCAGCAUCAAACACGUCUCCGGCUCCGUCGAAGCCGCUUGUGCCUUGGGCCUCGCGGAUGGUAUCGUCGAUCUUGUGGAGACAGGUGAAUCCAUGCGUGCCGCUGGUUUACACGAUAUUCACGACCUCAUGGAAACUCAAUCGGUCUUGAUCGCCAAUCGUAAAUCUCAUCAUGUCGAACUUAUUGAAAAGAUCACCUCUCGUGUACGUGGUGUCUUGACAGCUCAUCAAUAUGUCUUGUGUACCUACAACGUCGAACGUAAGAAUCUGUCCGCUACAUCGCUCAUCACACCCGGUCGUUUAGGUCCUACCGUUGCCAGCCUCGAUUCUCAUGACGGUUGGGUCGCUGUUUCUGCCAUGAUCUCCGUUAAAGAAAAGGGUCAUAUUAUGGAUCGUUUGACAGAAUCUGGUGCCACAGAUAUUAUGGUUAUGGCCUUCACUAAUUGCCGCGUGUAA